AUGCCUGCCCAGGACCUCGCCGCUACGCUAGCGAUGUUGCUCCUCCAAGCGUGCGACGCCUGCCUGCUGCUGGGGCGGCGAGCGCCGCGCUCCGGUGCGGCGGUCCGACCCCGGCUGAGCGGGAGUCUCAGCGUGGUGGCCUUGCUCCUGCUGCUCUCCUUCCCAUCUGCAGCUCGGGCUGGCACGGGCGAGGCUGGCUCUGGUGAGGCUGGCUCUGGGGAGGCUGGCUCUGGUGAGCUGGGCUCCGGACUUUGGGAGCCCCUGCCAGUUCUGCCACAUUUGCGUUCAGCGCAUGCCGCAGAAACGCAGUGCCUUAGCUGGUGCACCAUUCACACGCAGCUGUGGGACUCCAAGUGCAGAUGGAGAGCAAAGUGCGAUGGCUGCUCGAGCUGCUCGACGGCACCGCCACCACCCGCGCGGUCCCCCACGCCACCGCCAUCGGGCUGCCACUGGGGCUGCGCCGUCAAUACCAACCUCUGGCACACCACCCCGAAAUUCAGAAAAUAA